CCUAGUUCCAUUCCCAGACGGCUAUGGCGCAACAGUCCACUUCUUCUGGCCAGGAAAAGGGUUCCAACUCCUAGGAAUGCUCUCGAACGAUAAACCAUCUGCGAUAUUCCGUCUCCGGGGAACGUUCUCCUCAGCGUCCACGCCCAACUCCAGCGCGCAAAACGUCUUCUCGCAGCAGUCCGCCGUUCCUCAAGGAAGUGACGUCACAGCUAUCCUCGGAUUGGCUAUCGAGCCCCUGGCGCAGAUACAGACGCAGAUCGCUAGCUUGCCUGCGAGUCAGGUUAACGCUGCUUUGACGUCGAAUGCUCUGACGAAACCACCAACAGUGACCGACGCAGUCAUCCUCGCAGAAAAGGUCGUAAAACAUCUACUCAACUACCUGAGCGGGUUCACAGGAGGCUCACCCGGCGCCGACGUCGCGAUCCCAAUGAGCAUCAUCGUCAAAUGGUACGAAAGCUUUAUGAACAAACUCAAAACCGGUGGGGUUGGUUUCUUGGAGAGGCAGGAAUAGUCUGGACGAGUUCUUCGAAGCUCAAUUUGUAUUUCCACAGCCUGUAUUACUAGCAGAUACCACUAUUCUUGUCUUGGAACCACAGGG